AUGAGUGUCACAGCAUCAAAAGAAUCCAUUCAACAUGUUAGCACAGCGCAAUCAUGUCCUUCAUUGACUUACCGCAUUGCUACGUUAUCGGAUUGCGAAUCAAUUGUCUCGUUAGUCAAUAGCAGCACUCGUGGUGACUCAUCUCGUCAAGGAUGGACUAGCGCAGAGUCACUCUUAGAAGGUCAAAGAGUAGACGCAGGAAUGUUAACUGAGAUAAUUAAUAGCAAUCAUGAAGUUGUUUUCAUAUUUUUUGAUGAAAAUUCGAAAAUUCUAGUUGGAUGUGUUCAUUUGAAACAUGACCAAACAAAUAAGUGUGCUUUUUUGGGUAUGUUAGCUGUUCGACCAGAUCUACAAACUCAAGGCUUUGGCAAAUUCAUUAUAUCGACAGCAGAAAAUUACGCAUUGAAUAAUUGGAAUGUGGAAUAUAUUGAAAUGUCAACUAUUACUCUUAGAACUGAAUUAAUAGCAUUUUACCAUCGUCGAGGAUAUAUUGAUACAGGUCGACGUGAACCAUUUCCAGCGGAACACGGGAAGUAUGGCGUUCCCAAACAGAAUGGUUUAGAACUUUGUUUCUUGAGAAAACCUAUUAAACAAUUUGAAAAUAAAAGCUCGGAAUAA